AUGGAUGAAUAUUCGCAAAGCAAUCAACUAGAUUCAAAGUACAAGUCUUGGAAUAUUGAAAAUGAAGCUAUGAUACUUGAUUCAGAUAUAUGGGAAAUAUUUGUUGAGGUUGGAAACAUCUUUGGGUUUCAAGAUGAUAACGUAAGCAAUAUGUUUGACCAUUUUAUGACCCAAUUAGACUCCCGAGCUAGCCGAAUGACCUGCUCUAAAGCUUUGCUAUCAUUGCAUAUGGAUUAUAUAGGUGGUACUUUUUCCAAUUAUAAGAAGUGGUAUUUUAGUUCUCAGCAAAAGUUUGAUAGUGAUCCGUCAUGGAAUCCUAAAAUGAAAGUGAAAAAGAAAAAGAAGAUCCAAGAAGAGGAUGGAGAGUUCAGAUGGCAAAUGAAAUAUUUUAACCACUCUGAGAGGGAUUACAUACUACAUAUAGCACUAUAUUUGCUUAUAUGGGGAGAAGCUAACAACGUAAGAUUCAUUCCAGAAUGUCUUUGUUUCAUUUUUCAGUGUGCGCUAGACCACUUGGGACUACGGAAGGAUGUCCAAUUAGCUGCCCUACCUAAAUUUCAUUUUUUGAAUCAAAUAAUUAACCCCAUAUAUAAUUUCAUAAGGGAUCAGCAAUUUUCAUUUGUAGAUGGUGUCUGGAAAAGAAAAGAAAUAGACCAUUCGAAAGUAAUAGGUUAUGACGAUAUAAAUCAACAAUUUUGGAGUCCAGAAGGACUAUAUAGAAUUAAGUUACAGGAUGGAGCCAGAUUGUAUGAUGUUCCAAAACAGGAAAGAUACAGCCAGAUUGCACAAAUUGAUUGGAACAAUUCCCUAUCAAAAACAUAUCGAGAGAGAAGAACGUGGGUUCACGUUUUCACCAAUUUCAAUAGGGUUUGGUUAAUCCACGUUACAAUGUUUUGGUAUUUCAUGGCAUUCAACUCCCCUUCUCUUUAUACAAUUAACUACACUCCAGAGAAAGAACCUCAAUUGCAUAUUAGGUUGGCAGUUGUCGCAAUUGGAGGAACAAUCGCAGGUUUAUUGUCAUUUUUCGCAGCCAUGUCGGAGUAUUUUUUCAUUUCCCGAAAGAUUCCUCAUCGACAAAAAGUGCUGUACAGAUUAGGGAUACUUUUCCUCCUUAUUUGUAUCAAUACUGGACCUUUAGUAUACUUGUUGGGAUUUUUAAGAUGGGAUAGAUAUUCAUAUCAUGGAGAUGUAGUGGGUAGUGUACUGGUUGCUAUAUCUAUCAUCACAUUCCUUUAUCUAGCAUUAGCUCCACCAGGUCAUUUUCCAGGUACAAGUUCAAAUAACUCAUUUUCAGCUUCCUUUCUGAAGUUAAAGCGUCGCAGUCUUUUAUUUUAUUUGACUGACUUGAUUUUAUUCUUCUUAGAUACUUAUCUUUGGAUCAUGACUAAAAUUUAUCACCCAUCCCCUGCUGGUGACCCUAAUAGUUGUCUAAUUAUUAUAUCACAGAUUUGGAACAGUAUUAUUAUUUCAAUGUACAGAGAACACUUUAUAUCGGUGGAGCAGGUCAGCAAGUUAGUGUAUCAGAGAGGAGUUACCGAAGAAAAUACCAUCCGUCCCCCAUUAUUCUUUGCAUUUGAGGAUGAUAAUACAUUUCAGUUACAUGAUUUUUUCACCAUUGGAAUCGAAUGUGAAAGAAGGAUUACUUUCUUUGCUCAGUCACUUUCAAGUCCGCUUCCAGAACCCUUUCCUGUUGUAUCUAUUCCAGCUUUCACAGUAUUAAUUCCCCAUUAUUCAGAAAAGAUUUUAUUAAGCUUAAAAGAUUUAAUCAAAGAAACCAAAUUUUCGAAAUUGACACUUUUGGAUUACUUGAAGCAGCUUCAUGCUAGUGAAUGGGAUUCAUUUGUGAAAGAUAGCAAGAUGUUACAAACAAUUGAAGUUGAUGAUAAAGAAGGAACACAACUUUCUUUGAACCUAGUUUUCAAGAGCAACACAAAAGAGGACACUGAUAGGUACAUCAGAGAUAAGAUUGAAGAUUUACCAUAUUAUUGUGUCGGUUUUAAAGAUUCAUCACCUGAGCAUACAUUGAGAACAAGAAUUUGGGCAGCACUUAGAUGUCAAACAUUGUAUAGGACAAUAUCUGGAUUUAUGAAUUAUGACACCGCUUUGAAAUUACUCCAUAGAACGGAAAAUCUUGGAUUCUACCUUGAAGAUCAAUAUCAAUUGGAAGAUGAACUAGAAGAAUUUGUAAGUAGAAAAUUCAAUCUCUUGGUUGCAAUGCAAAAGUUUCAAAAUUUCACUCCCGAUGUCGCAGAAGAUGCUCGUAUACUAUUCAAGGCAUAUCCAAAUCUAAGAGUGGCUAUAUUGGAAGAAGAAGAUAAUAAAGGUGAGAAGGAAUAUUAUUCAACAUUAUUGGAUGUAUCCCAAAAAGAUACAAAUGGAAAAUACGUGAGAAAGUACCGAAUUAAACUAUCUGGGAAUCCAAUCUUGGGAGAUGGCAAAUCAGAUAAUCAGAACAAUGCGAUAAUAUUCUAUAGAGGGGAAUAUAUUCAAGUGAUUGAUGCGAAUCAAGAUAACUAUUUGGAAGAAUGUCUCAAAAUAAAGUCCUUAUUAUGUGAGUUUGAAGAAAUGAAAAUGGAUAUUACUUCAGGAUAUGUUCCCGGUGGUGACGCAAAACCAGAGAAGAGUCCAGUUGCAAUUCUCGGAGCUAGAGAGUUUAUCUUUUCUCAAAAUAUUGGCAUUUUGGGAGAUAUUGCUGCAGGAAAAGAGCAAACAUUUGGUACGUUGUUUGCCAGGACAAUGGGUGAAAUUGGAUCCAAGUUACAUUAUGGACAUCCAGACUUUCUAAAUGGUAUUUUUAUGACAACUCGAGGAGGUAUCUCAAAAGCACAAAGGGGACUACAUUUGAACGAGGAUAUAUAUGCUGGAAUAACUGCAGUUUGUCGUGGUGGUAGGAUAAAGCAUUGUGAUUACUAUCAGUGUGGGAAAGGUCGGGAUCUUGGGUUUGAAUCUAUUAUUAAUUUUACGACCAAAAUAGGAGCUGGAAUGGGAGAGCAAUUGCUAUCAAGGGAAUAUUUUUAUUUAGGUACUCAAUUACCGAUUGAUAGGUUUCUUUCAUUUUAUUAUGCACAUCCUGGAUUCCAUAUCAAUAACCUUUCGAUUAUGCUUUCAGUGAAGAUGUUUAUGUUGUUAUUGGCCAACCUUGGUGCUUUAAACUAUGGAACUAUUACAUGUGAUCCUGAUGAUCCUGGAAAAACACCCGGCUGUCAUAAUCUUAUACCGGUAUUAAAUUGGAUUGAUAGGUUUGUUCUUUCAGUGUUUGUGUGUUUUUUUAUUUCGUUUUUGCCAUUGAUUAUUCAAGAGCUUAUUGAAAAGGGAUUUAUAAAGGCGGUUUUUAGAAUUAUGUUCCAGGUAGUUUCACUAUCACCAUUGUUUGAAGUAUUUUUAUGCCAGAUUUAUUCUAAAGCACUCCGAGAUAAUUUGGUAUUUGGCGAAGCUCAAUAUAUUGCUACAGGUAGAGGAUUUGCAAUAUCAAGAAUACCUUUUGCAACUUUAUAUUCUCGAUAUGUUCAUUCCACAAUUUAUUACGGUUGCGAAAUUUUUCUUGUGAUCGUAUUUGCAUCAUUGACUAUUUGGAGAAAAGCUUUAAUGUGGUUUGCUAUUACAAUAAUAUCGCUAUGUUUGGCUCCUUUCGUGUUCAAUCCCCAUCAAUUUAAUUUUGCUGAUUUUUUCCUAGAUUACAGACAGUUUAUACGAUGGUUAUCAAGAGGGAACUCCAAACCAAAAAUACUGUCAUGGAUACAUCAUACACAAAGGAGAAGAUCUAAAUUGACCGGAGAGAAAUUGGGUAAAUAUGUACUGGGAAGGAAUUCAUCGUCGUUUAAUUUAUUUAUAGGGGAAGUUGUUUCUCCAUUUGCCAGUGUUGUACUUUAUUUGCUUCCAUAUAUGUUUAUUAACCGAUCAAGUAAUUAUUUGGAAUUGAGUUUAAAAAAUCCAAUUCUUAGAUUGGUUCUUAUAACGUUAUUACCAUACUUGGAGAAUGCAGUUACAUUACUAUUGUUAUGGCCAAUGUCAGUAUUAUUAGGACCCAUUAUUGGUUAUUUUUACAAGACGAUUCCAGCAUUCAUAGCAGGGGUUGCCCAUUUCAUGGCUAUUGCAUUUAAUAUUGCUAAUUUUGAGAUUUUAUUCUUUUUAGAAGGUUGGAAUUUUGUAAGACUAAUAUCCGCAUCUUUGGUUAUUUUCAAUUUGCAUAGAAUGAUUUCUAAUUUUGUACUUAUAAUAUUUGUAUCUAGAGAACGUGGAGAAGAUGUUACAAAUAAAGCAUGGUGGUCAGGUAAUUGGAUCAAAAGUGGGUUGGGAUUUUUUGUGAUUACCCAACAUGUACGAGAGUUUAUUGUUAAGAUUUUAGAACUCAAUAAGUUUACACUUGAUUUCAUUGUGGGUCAUUUCUUAUUAUUUGCCAUGUUUCCAAUUUUAUUCAUUCCAUAUAUUGAUACUUGGCAUACUAGCAUGUUAUUUUGGAUUAAACCGACGCGUCAGUUUUUCCGUCCAAUACUAAGUAAACGACAAAGGAGGAGACGUAAUUGGACCAUUCUAAGAUAUUUCAUAUUAUUUUUGUUAAUAUUUAUUAUAUUUGUUUCAUUGAUAAUAAUUCCUAUGAUAUUGGAGAAGAAUUCAAAGGAUAUAGUACCAUUUUUGAAGAAGUUGGUUGGGAAAGUAGGUGGAGGAGGAGAAGAAAAGGUGUGA